AAGAAGAAGGUCGCCCCUAAAAAGGCUGCCGGCGAAAAGAAGACAGCUGCCAAAAAACCAUCUGCCGCCAAAAAGACCGCUGAAAAGAAGAAGGCUGACAAAACAAAGGCCAAGGCUGCCAAGAAAACCGGUACAGUUAAGGCAAAACCCGCAAAGACCGCCGCUAAAGCAUCUGCCACCAAACCAAAGGCACCCAAGGCAAAAACAGCCGCUGCUAAGCCCAAAAAAGCCGCAGCGCCAAAGAAGCCAGCUGCCAAGAAAGCCGCCGCCAAGAAGUAAUUUUUCCCACAAAAAUUACUUUGUCAAGAAUUUUUUCGAUAUUCGAAAACAUAAUAUCUAACAGCCCUUUUCA